AUUUUUUAUAAUUGCAUAUGUCAAUAGUGCUCAUCUGAAAGGGCAUCGUCCCUGCGGUUCUGUAUUAUCAUCCACGUCAAAGCCCUACACGGAAGAGGCGAAAAUUGAAAGAACAACAAUUAGGGUUUGUUUGAAGAACUGAUGAAGAAAUGGCAUCGCUUGGAUCAAUGAAAUCAGCCAUAUUCGACAAGGAAGAGAGAAAACAGCAGUAUCAAGCUCACAUCCGAGGCCUUAAUGCAUACGAUCGGCACAAGAAGUUCUUGAAAGAUUACGUUACCUUUUAUGGAAAAGAAAGUUCUACACACAAAAAGCUGCCUGUCAAAACUGAUCAAGACACUCUUAGAGAGGGAUACCGGUUUAUACGUUCUGAAGAAGAUGAUAUAAAUCCAACUUGGGAACAACGGCUGGUGAAGCGUUACUAUGAUAAGCUUUUUAAAGAAUACUGCAUAGCUGACAUGUCACAGUACAAGACCGGGAAGAUUGGCCUAAGAUGGAGGACUGAAAAGGAAGUCAUAUCUGGGAAAGGGCAGUUCGUAUGCGGUAACAAGCAUUGUGAUGAAAAAGAAGGGCUAGCAAGCUAUGAGGUGAACUUUUCUUAUUUUGAAGCAGGAGAAAGUAAGCAGGCCCUAGUGAAGUUGGUAACUUGUGAGAGGUGUGCAGGAAAGCUUCUUUAUAAAAAGCAGAAUGAGAGGGAGCAAUUAGAUAAAAAGGAAAAAGAAGAGUUGAGAAGAAAGAGGGAAAGGCCAAAUAGCGACGAUGAUGCAGAUGAUGAGAGGAGUAAACAGAAGAGGAAAGCAGGCAGAAAGGCUUCAACUUCUAGCAGCGGUGCUAAAACUGAAGAUGAAGAAAACUUUGACGAGUUUCUUGAGGGAAUGUUUCUUUAGUUCAAUGACAGUGCAAAGGUAGGUACCCUGCAAAAUGGGGCUGGACCUAGCUGAAAACUUAAAUGUUUAUUCAUGCAGCUUGUCCGCAUGUUCCUGCAGAAUCAAGUAGAAAGAUUGUACAAGUAAAUAGAUGUUAAUUAUUGAAAACUUCGUUAUUUUAACUUGUUCUUGCCUCUUAAGGCUCUGUUUGGAACAAGGAUAAUGUGUGAGAAAUGGAAAGGAAAAGAAAGUCGGCAUGUUUCUCA